AUUUAUUUAAUUAUGAUUAUUUCCUCAAUGUUUCUUUAAUUUCAUAUCUUCAGAAAUGUCAGACAAGAGACAGAAACCUCACAAUCUUGAAAGUAAGGGGACAAGUGACAGCCAGCUUCAGCCAAAAGAGUUGGGCCUGGGUAAAAUUAUAACUGAUAUCCUGGAUGCUCUCGGCUUGCUAAACAAUCGAGAAGAUGCUAUGAAAGAGUAUCAGGCAUUACUGAAUCAACAGAGGCAUUUGGAAGAGAAAAUGUCAUCCGAGCCACGCCCAGGAGGACACGUGACACCUGUUGAUGUAGCAAAACAAGACAAUCCUCAAAAGCAGCUGCACAACGGGAACGAAAAAGCAACGGAGGCAAAAAAAGAUGAGAGUGAGCCAUCACCAACUGAAUUGGACCAGGCCAAAAGAGGAGAACAUCGGAGAGAUCCAGAUAGAUUCAGAGUGAUAAUACCUGACGGAUACCAACUAGUCAAAUCCGAAGAUUACGAACACAUGCAGUACGAUCUUGUGAACCAGAGAGAGAGCAUUGAAGAGCUUACAAGCAGUGACAAGAACCGGCCGACCAAGCUCGGGAAACAGCUGCAUAACGGGAACAAAAAAGGAAAGCAAGCAAAACAAGAUGAGAGUGAGCCAUCACCAACUGAAUUGGACCAGGCCAAAAGAGGAGAACAUCGGAGAGAUCCAGAUAGAUUCAGAGUGAUAAUACCUGACGGAUACCAGCUAGUUAAAUCCGAAGAUUACGAACACAUGCAGUACGAUCUUGUGAACCAGAGAGAGAGCAUUGAAGAGCUUACAAGCAGGUAA